AUGCUUAGAAUUUACAUUAAAUGCCCAUGUAAGCGCUCGGCUAGUUGGUGGCUUGGCAAACCGAAAUUCCCACACGCCGCGAAAAUCGUUGCUUCGCUUCCCGAACUUCAGCACCAAGCCGCCCGUCGUCCUCACCACCACUAACAACGCAGCGGAAUUUCUCAAGAUGUCCACCGCAGCCAAGAACAGCGGCAAGAAGCCCGCCGGCAAGACCCAGCGCAGCGCCAUCGCUGAUGUCGUCGCACGCGAAUACACCAUCCACAUGCACAAGCGCGUUCAUGGUGUUUCCUUCAAGAAGAGGGCCCCCAGGGCUAUCAAGGAGAUCCGCGCUUUCGCCGAGAAGGCCAUGGGCACCAAGGACGUCCGCCUAGACCCCCAGCUCAACAAGAAGGUGUGGGAGUCCGGCAUCAAGGGUGUCCCGUUCCGCCUGCGCGUGCGCAUCUCGCGUAAGCGUAACGACGAGGAGGGCGCCAAGGAGAAGCUCUACUCUUACGUCCAGGCCGUCAACGUCAAGGACCCCAAGGGCCUACAGACCACCGUCGUCGAGGACGCGUAAAUUCGUCUCGACUGAGUGAGCGUGGAGGACGACCGUGACGAGGCAUGGAUUGCAUAAAAGGAUGGCGUUCCGGCGGGUGCUGAGUAGCUAUUUUCCCAUCCGUACGACAAGCGAAAAGCUUGAAUGAUAUCCAAUGAAGGUUCAUACCCGCCGUGU